CGCUCAAUGUGUGCCAAUCAAGGGAGUUCCAAAAAGAACAAGGAAAAAUUAUCACCAAUAAUCCCACCUUUGUCCGCUCUUUCAAAAAUAAUCCCACCUUUCCGAGUGGUCAGUAAUAAGCCAAGGUUGUACCGUCUCUGUCAGAACUGGGCAUCCGUUUAAAGCUUAACGUACGACUAACGGGAAUCUGAUUUGGCAAUUACACGUGGAUAUUACGUGUAUUAUCUUCGUAGCCCUUCCUCCUUCUCCAUCGAAACACCUCUGCCCUAUCGAAAAGAACUCCAAAAGCCCCUGACCUCCUUCCCCACAGAAAAACAUCUCAAAACCCCCAUCAAAAUUUUGAUUCCGUGCUAACCCUAAUUGGAUUAAGAGUUCUACCUCAAUCCGUCGCAGCGCCUAAGAGAAAGAAAUAAUAAUUUGAAUUCAGAUGAAGCUCAUAUACAAUUAUGGUGGAGUUUUGAAAUUUGGGAGCGUUACAGAGUAUGUUGAGGGUAAUAUACGUGUAUUUGACAAUUUAGAUUCCGAUAAAAUUGGGUAUUUUGAUCUUCUUGAUUGGGCAAAAGAGUGUGGAGAUUAUCCUCCUGUGUCUGAGAUAUAUUAUGCGAAACCUGGCUGUGAGUUAGGUAAAGGGUUGAGAAAAAUUUAUGGUGAUAAAGAGACAAUUGAAAUGGUGAAUGUUGGAGAAGAAAGUGGUAAGAGUAUGUGUUUGUAUGUGGUGUACCAGAAUCAACCUGUUUCAACCUUUGCUUCAAAACAAAAGAGUAGAGAAGUUAAUCUUGUCACUGAAAAUUUUGAAAGAACAAGCCCCAGGAACAUUCAAACUAUUUCUACAUUCACCCCAUCCAUUUUUAUUGAGGAAGAGGAGGUGUUGCAGUCUACAGAUGUUGACAUUUCUAAUGAUGAUUUAACCGAAGAUGGGGAAGAAGGGGAGAGACUUGAAGAGGUUUUUAAUUUUGAAAAAAGGAAUAGGGUUGAGACAUCUUUUGAAGAGCAGAUUCUUGAGACUUCUACAAAGAGUAACAACAAAGAUGUAGGAGAGGAUAUUCCUGAUGUGGAGGUGCUAUUGGGUUGUGACAGUGACACCGAUGAUGAAGAAUGUCGGGAUGCUAGAAGAAACUUCAACAACUGGCAUGACAAAGAAAAUGCUAAACUUGAUGGAAUUGUGAAUCAAAUAAUAAACACCCCCAAUCCUACCACAAUAGAAAAAUUUAUCGAAGAUGGGGAUCACAUAUCUGAGUAUGAAGAAUCAGACGAGUACGUUGACACUCCAGGAGAAAGUGAUGAAGAUGACAUUCGUGGAAAGGAAAGAAAAAAAUCUAUACCAAUUGUUGAUUCACGCACUGACUUUUCCAAAUUAGUUUGGCAGCCAGGAAUGAGAUUCCCUAACAAAGAUUUAUUCCGAGAAGCAAUAAAGAGGUAUAGUAUAUUUCAAGGGAGAAAUCUCAAGUUUAAUGUUAGCAACACAAACAGGAAUGACAGAUUGGGUGCAAGGUGUGUUGAAAAUUGUCCAUUUGAAAUAAUGGGAUCAUGGCAUUCUAGAAAAGGCUCGUAUAUCGUGAAAAAAGUGACAGGCACACAUACUUGUCAUAGAGACAUGAAGAACAAUAGUCAACUUGCUUCUCGUUGGAUAGGUAAAGAGUUUUUGGAUGUGUUUAAGGCCAAACCACAUUGGCCAGCGAAAGACAUUCAAGAAGCUGUAAAGGAGAAGUUCAAGUACUUCAUCACAAAGUGUGUUGCAUAUAAAGCUAAGUGGUGGGCACAUAAAAUGCUUCAUGGGUCAAUGAAGGAACAUUAUCAGAAAUUACCUGUUUAUAUGGCAGCAUUACAUUCAUCUAGCCCUAAUACAGUCCUUAAACUUGUAGUCAGAAACAUUAUGAAAGGACAAGGCAUACAAAGAGUUCGAGUUGGAGCUCCUGAAUUUAGAAGACUAUUUGUCUGUUUUGAGGCAUUGAAGAAAGGGUUCUUAGCUGGUUGUAGAAAAGUGAUAUGCUUUGAUGAAGACAUUAGGAUUGCUUUGAUGCAAAGACUGGCUAAUAAAAGAGCACAUGCUGCUGGGAGUCAUUACACUAUUUGCCCUAGAAUCCAAAAAAAACUUGAAAAGGAGAAAGAGUUUGUUCACCACUGCCAUGUCAUGCCAUCUUCUCUUACGUUGUUUCAAGUUAGGGAUAAACUAGAUGAUGUUUCUGUAAAUGUAGAGAAGUAUGUUGAUGAUUGCUACAAGAAGAGCACAUAUAUCAAGUCGUAUGAGCACAAUAUACCUCCGUGUGUUGGUGAAAAACACUGGCCUAGGACUGUCAGGGUAGAAUUGGAUCCUCCACCAAUAAAAAUAGGACCAGGCAGGCCUCGCAAGAAUAGAGCUAAAGACCCACAUGAAGAUCCAAAAAAGCCAGGUAAGUUGACAAGGCAUGGGAUGGAGAUGACAUGCAAAAUUUGCAACAACAAAGGGCACAAUAAGAGAACUUGUCCACAAAAAAACAACCCCAAUUCAAUUCCAACAAGUAAUCCCAUCAAAAGAUCAAGAGGAAGGCCCAAGAAAAGUGUGUUAGAAUCUUGUAAUGUCAUGGACAGUUUACAAGUAGACGUACACCAUAGAACCGCUGAACCAUCACUAAGGGGUAGGGGAAGAGGGUCUAGGGGAAGGCAAGGAGGUGGAAGAGGCAACAAGAAGAAAAAUACGUCUAUGCCUGCUGGAUAUGGAGUCUUUUACAAUACAACUGAUAGAGGCAUGUACAUUAAUUCACCUGGACAAAGUGAACCUGUCUCAAUCUCAAACAUCAUGCCUUCUUCUGCACAAAACUCUCAAGAACCACCCUUGCAUUGAGCAAAAAAUGAAGAUGAUGUAGUAUCAAAGACUAGCUUCAAAUCUGUUGAUUGGCAAUUUUGUUAAAAUGUUAUCUUUUAAUGGAAGUUCGCAUUCUGUCUAUUUUUAUUUUGCUUAUUAUUUGGGUACGUUGAACAUCUGUACUUUUUGUAUCUUGUU